CUGCUAAGAAGGCCAAGAAGACCCACAGACCUCUGAAAAAACAAAUGUCCUCUCCAAACUUCCAACGCAAGGACAAACCAGAGAAAUCGCAGUCGAGGGACAACACGCCGUUCACACUGAGCGUCCAGAAGAGUAAGUGGGACAGUUCUCGCUCAAUGCGAUACAACCAGGACGCUCAGAGGGAGGAAGAUCAGCGACGCAUGGUGGAGAUCAUCGGCCACCUCACUAAGAUGAGGUUCGGAGACCAGGAGCAGAGCAAGGCUAAGGAUACUAAAGAAGUAAGUUGCGCCCGGCGGUUCGAGGAGCUGAAGAGCACGGGGGGGUUUCCUCACGUGGACCACCAGUGCAACGCCCUGACGGAGGGCAGCAGCUCGCCCUCAGACGGCCUGUCCACGCUGCUGGACGCCGGGGAGGUGGCGGAGACGGGAGGCGGCCAGAGCGGCGGCAAAGUUACAGGCUCCAAAUCGACGGCGUCCGGAAGAGUCGGUGCUGUGGAGAAGAAAGAGAGAAGAGUCUCUGCAGAGGAGAACGACAAACCGCAGAAACCACGAGACCCCAACAUGGUGAUCCACGUGUGCGACGAGACCAAGAACCUGAAGCAGGACUUCACGUGUCCCAGAGAUCUGCUGGUGAAAGAGAUGCGUUACUUCGCCGAGUACUUGUCUGUGGACGCCCAGCGGUGGGAGGAGGUGGACAUCUCCGUCCACUGCGACGUGCAGAUCUUCGACUGGCUCAUGAACUACGUGAGGAGGAACUCCGCGGGAGACGGGAACAAGGACAAACCCCGACUCGAGCCCAGCAAUGUGAUCUCAAUCCUGAUCUCCUCCGAGUUCUUGAAGAUGGAUACGUUAGUGGAGGAGUGCGUCCAGUACUGCCACAAACACAUGAGCGCCAUCGUGGCCACGCCCUGCAACAUGAACUGCAUCAACAGCAACCUGGCGACACGCAUCGCCGAACUCUUCAGCCACAACGAGGCCGACGACAUCCGCGACAAGAAGGACAAGUUCAAAAGCAAAUUGUUCCAGAAGAAGAUUGAGCGUCUCUUCGAUCCAAACUACCAGAGCAGAGAUUCACCAGGAAACGCCUCCACUCUCUACAGGUGUGGUCUGUGCCUUAAGCUGCUGAUCAAAGACACAGAGAGGAAGAUCUCUUGUGUUCCCGGGAAAAUCAACAUCGACGCUCGCGGAGAAAUCAUCUACUCACACAUCAGACAGAAGAACUGGGAUGUGCAUAAUACCUCACCGUCUGUAUAGGAAGCUAAAGUCCUG